GUAGGCUACACUGAUGGUGGCGCCCUCACGGAGGCGGUACGUCGGCGGCCCUACUCCCUGGUCCUCUUCGACGAGGUGGAGAAAGCACAUCCAGAUGUCUUCAACGUCCUCCUGCAGCUCUUGGACGAUGGCAGGCUCACGGACUCCAGAGGCCGAGUUGUCUCCUUUGCCAACACUUUGGUCGUCAUGACCUCAAACAUCGGAAGCAGGUCGGUGCAAAAGUCUGCGGCUGGUGGUUUGGGCUUGGGUUUCGGCGUUGGCGAGGAUGAAGAAGAGGACAAGUACAGCAAGGUAAAGGAGCUGGUCCACGAGGAGAUGAAGAGCUUCUUCAGGCCCGAAUUUUUAAACAGGCUCGACGAGGUCAUCGUCUUCCGCCCCCUGAGAGAAGAUGAUGUGAGGGCUAUCGCAGAGGUGGAGUUCAAGAAGGUGCUCGCCAGGCUAGCUGACAAGGACCUUGAGGUCACUCUGUCGAAGAGCUUCAAGGAGCAAGUCAUCAAGGAAGGCUACGACCCCGCCUACGGUGCAAGGCCGCUGCGCAGGGCUAUCACGCGCAUGCUGGAGGAUACGCUGGCUGAGCACCUCCUGGAAAGCGCAGCAGCAUCGCGGAAGGGGAAGACGGCCGUGGAGCUCAGCGC